AAUAUGAAAUACAGUGUGAAUUUCUGCCAAGAUUUGUGGCACUGUCUAGCUGUCUUUUUGCCGGCGCAAUUCUUUUGAUAGCGCCCUCCGUACGGAGUAACUACUCCGUUCUCCGUACCGUACCCCGAGAUUGGCUCUCGGCCUAGUCCAGUCGUCCUGCAAGCAAGCCUACCUAUGCUUCAUGAUUUCACAUUGUCAUGAGCAGUGCUGUUAUUCCAGCAUCAACUCCUCCCCAGAACUGAUCUUGAGGCGCUGAUCUUGCUUACGAGUACGAAGUGCUUAUUUUCGAACCUUGCUGGUUUCUGUUGACUACCAGGGGCUAUGGACCAACUCACUCAUCAUUUGCUUGACAGAGAAGUCAAGAAGUUUAUCAAUUCAAUUGAUCCAGCUCUGGUCUGCAAAUUGGCUACAUUUUUGCAUCCCGAGAAGAAACUUUGCCGGGUUUUCUCAGAACCAAAGAAGGGGAGCUACAAUAUCUGCUUUCCUAUCCUCUUUACGAACACAACCACAACCAAUCCAACACCAGAUGACGAGUUGACCGAGCCUGCCGAGCCUGUUGAACGAUGGAUGGUCCGAAUUCCCCUGCUACCGCGUCUUGCAUUUCCCGAGGAGAAAAUGCGAGGUGAGAUUGCAACAAUGAAGUAUAUUGCUGAGAGGACUACCAUCCCUAUCCCUCAUCUCUUCGGAUAUUCCAUCAACCGAGAUAACAUCCUUGGCCUUCCUUUUUUAGCUCUGGAGCACAUUACAGGAAAAACUCUUCACGGAACUGAUGUGCCGCGUCUUUCAGAUGAGUUGCAGUCACAUUUAUUCAAUCAACUUGCAGAAAUCUACCUCCAGCUCUAUCAACAGCAAUUCGACCAUAUUGGUGCUUUCACGCUCGAUAGCAACGAUGAGAAUUGGAUUUUUGAACACAAUCGGCCGCUCACUAUUGAGCUAAAUGAUCAAGAACUCAGUGGCAUGCAGGGUUCUGAGAUUAUGCCCCCCAAGCGGACCUAUUCUUCUACUAUUGAUUAUGUGUUCACUAUCCUGAAAUUGAUUUUCAACGACUUUCACCGCGGGAAAGAUAGUGUUUUCAAUGAAGAGGAUGCACGGAACUAUCUAUAUGGUAUAUUUGCUUCCCAAGGCAUUGUAAUGGAAUGGGUUAAGCACAAGGACAAUCAUGGACCAUUCAUCCUUAUGCAUGGUGAUCUUCGACCUUCAAACAUCUUUGUGGACAAUGAUCUCAACAUUGUUUCAAUCAUUGACUGGGAGUGGAGCCACACCAUUCCUCUGCAAAUGUUCCUCCCACCCUCCUGGAUUACGGGCCAAGAGCUCCCUGCUGCCACUAAAAGGCCCUACACCUUUGCAUUUCAAGUAUAUGUUUCCCGCUUUGAGCAAGCUGUGAUGGAGAGAGAAGACACACAUUAUAACCCGGGGCAAAAGAUAAAAUAUAUUCUUCCCAUAGUCAUGCGCCUGUCAGAGAACUUACUGUCAAGGAAUAUGUUCAUUGCAUAUGCACUCUUGAAGCCUUGCUAUUUUGGGAAUGUGUACUGGAAUCUGUUGGAUGAGGAAUAUUAUGGAAAAGACAAGAAGCAGAGAGUGGAAACAUUCUUUAAUCUUAAUCUGCGGAAACCGCAAGUGGAAGCCUUACAGAAAACAAUGUCCGAGCUUAAGGAUUUCAAGAAAGAAUUAGCACUGGCAGGACUAGAACCGAUCGAACCCGACCCCAUCCCAGUUCCCGAACUAGGAAAACAACCAGAGAACCCGAAAUUCAUGUCCAAGAUUCGUGGCCUCGCAGAUAUCCGUCAAUUAUGCCGACGAUCCGACAUUGCAAGUGUUAUUGGGUCCCUCCCUUCUUGGAUACCUUGGUCACUGGCUGGUAUCAGUCUCUCCGCAUGCUGCAUCAUGGCCAAACUGCGACAUUGAAUUGGAAAGAUUACCUUUUAAUUGUUUUAUUCAAUUCCCCUGCUGCGACAGCAACGUGAUAGCCUGCUGCAAGACAAUGAUCCUUCCUCUGAUCGCGUCCAAUUCCGCUUCAUGCUCCCUCAUUUCCUGCUCAGGAGUCAAAGUUUCCUCGAGAUCACGCAACCCCCGCGACUUUUGGGCGCUGGAAGAAAGUAAUUUUAACUCAGGAACCCGGCCUUGCAGAGAUUUAACAAACUCUUCCAGCUCUAAUGCCUUUUGUCGAAGCUGCUGUUGCUCUGCAAGUUUCGAUUUAAGUUCGUCGUUAAUGUCAUCGGAUAGGGACAUCUUAUUUUGGGAGGCCAUUUUGUUUACGCUUGUGUACAAGGAGCAGAUCAGCAUUAUGCAAGAUAUAGCUCUAGAAUAGAUGCGAAAUCCUUACAUAGGAAUCUCCUUUCUCUCUCCUAAGAUCACUUUAUAUCUCGGUUUUGGAGCUCUUGUGGAAAAUUAUUGAACGAGAGCAGCAUAUCUAUCGCACUUUUAAGGCAGGAGAACUAUUACAUUACCCCUCUUCUUCCAACGCUCCGAUGCCAGCACAUCUAACAAGGACCAAGCGGUGACCGGCCAAUGGAGCAAGAUAGAUAUUCCGGCGUGCAUUGUUGCCUAAUCUGAGGGCCUUGGGCCAAAGAUGUGUGCUUGAUGGCUUCUCAAAUUUCGCUUGGUUGGUUCCCAUCUGCAGGAAUAGCGUGCUUUAUUCUAACCAGAUACACUGGCUAAUGGCGAGGUUUUCGACAAGGGGCUGCCAUUUGACGUGCAAUGACGCUCAGCAGGGGGCAUCCGUGGAAUGGCCGCCUUCUUUGGCCGCUUCGGAAGCAACCAAAGCUAAUUAUUUUAAGGUGAUCAAUGACGACAUGUAGCUCACCACUCAACGAGCCAAAUUUUUACACCAUUAAAUUCCUUCAACGUUCAACUUCAACGCGUAAUAUCAUGGUCAACAACGAAGCGAUUAAGCUCGCGAUUGACGAUCUUGAAUCGCAGAAGAAGCCAAAUUACUCUGUGACCGCGAAGAAAUAGUCAAUUAGCCCAGAAACCUUGCGCCGGCGGCAUAAAGGCCUGUAACUCGAUCGCCAUGAAGCAACCUCCUGGUAUAAGAAAAAGCUCACUGAUAUACAGAAAGAUAAGCUCCUAGAGUAUAUAAACAAGCUCUCUGACCGCGGCUUUGUCUCUACACCCUAGAUUCUGCGAAAUAUUGUGCAAGAGAUGACGUUUGACGAAGUGGGAGUCAACUGGGUGAAUUGCUUUGGCGAGUAGCAUAACAACAAGAUCAAAUGCGUUUACCUCAAGGCCCUUGAUAAGAAUAGACAGGUAGCAGAUAAUUACCAGUGCUUUAAGCACUUCUACGCGCUUGGAAUUUGAUGAUUAUUAUGUUAAUUUGCAAAUGUAGUUGUUGAAUUUGGCUAACUAGUUGAGCGCGUUAUUAUUAUUAUUAUUCUUCAAUUAUAGAUGUAUGCAGUCAGAGACUAUGACAUCUACCUGAAAACUUUUAGUUCUCAGAGUUUUUCUAAUAUCUAUAAAGUCAACUAUUAUACAUUUAUCAAUUUCAGAUAUACAAAAUCAGAACAUUUCAGCUCAG